ACGAUAUGUUUGCUGCUGCAGUAAAACAUGCGGAGAGAGAAAUUCUUUUUAAAAUGCAGCUGCUGUCAGAUAAGGCCCCACCUCUGCCUGCUGCUGCUGCUGCUGCUGCUGCUGCUGCUGCUGCUGGGGGCCCCACAGCAGCAUUAGAAUCUUUAGGAAGCAAUGCGCUGCGAGAUAGGCAUUUAGAUAAAGAUAAAGAUAAAGAUUUAGAUAAAGAAGAAGAACAGAUGUGGGAGGACCUGUGGGAGGAGGCCUUUGACGAAAUAAAUGCAGAAACAUAA